AUGGCAGGAUCCUCGUUAUCUCACCGGGUAUUAGAGGUCAUCUGGACCAUCGUAUUGUACCUGUCUCCCUUAUUGCUUUUGCAAAUUGGGCACUUCGUCACCAUAGCCGGAGGUAAGCUCUUCUCUAGCCAAAUGCGCAAAAAUUUGGAUCUAAACUCACUCAAUGUUGAUCGCCUACAAAAAGCGGCCAAAGAGCUCUCUACCAAUCAAGUCAUAGCUGAUCCGCUAGUCCGAUGGCUACUCAAAAACAUAACUGCCAUCGGUGUUCAAGUGCUAGGAUCUUUCUUCUAA